AUGACCCCCUGUGUCAAGAUGAGUUCGUCGAAACCCUUCGGCCUCUUCUGCUUCAUACAGGUCACAGACGUUGCAGUCCGCUGGGUGAACAACCAGACCAUUAAAGCCUUCACUCAGAUGGAUCUGAGAAGACGCUCUGACACGGGAAGAGCCAACUUCCCCCCUCAGGCCACCAUCAUGUCGCCCGUGCGAGUUCCUUCAAACUGUCCCAUGGAGAUUCGGCCUUUGACGUUUGAUCCAGAUGGAGACACGGUUGUGUGCAGAUACGGCGUGGCUCCUCUAGAGUGCGGUGCCUGUCAACCCCCUCAAGGCUUCACAUUCUCUUCAAACUGCACGAUGUCAUUUGAUGCAGCAAACAGCGCAGUAGGGGGGUUCUAUGCAGUGGAGCUGAUGAUGGAGGAUCAUGUUAAAAAAAACAUUUCAUUUGAGAGCCUUGGUGUAAAAGAAGAGAAGAACUCCAGUGACUACAUCAGCGUAGUGCCUUUCCAAUUCGCUUUCGAGGUGUUGCCGUCUAUAAAGUCCUGCGCUGAAGGAGUUAUCUUGCCGCGGUUUGUCGAACCAACUCCCAAACACGGGGCAGUGAUCAAGAUCGAUAUCUCUUCAAGUGUUCAAUUGUUCAGCGUUAAGGCGACAGCAUCAGAAGCCACUGUUGUGGGACUGGUGCACAGUGGACCGGGUGGACUUCAGAGUACGCCAGUGAAGGAUGGGAGCUUCAACCUCACCUGGAACCCAAAAGAACCAGACAACAAUGCAACAUAUCCAGUCUGCUUCGCAGCUCAAGCCUACAUCGGGUAA